AUGAAGGUUUUUAGCGAGUUUAUUGUUGAGCUGAAGUUGACGGAUCUUCUGGUGUUUGGUUCUUACUGUAACAUUCUGAUUAAGAAGUUUACUGCUUUGAAAAGUGACAUUCGGAGCUGGAACCGCAAUGUUUUCGGCUGGCUAGAUUUAAAGAUUGAAGAGUAUGUAUCUAACCUCAAUACGUUAGAGCUGGACAGCAACUUGGAUUCUACUUCCCAUGAUGAAGAUUUGAACAAGGAAAGGUUGAGAAAUCAGGAGGAGAUGUGGAAGAAUCUCAGGUUAAAAGAAAGUAUGUUGGCUCAAAAAUCCCAUUUAAAUUGGCUUCAGGAUGGGGAUCAAAAUUCAAAGUUUUUCCAUGAUUCCUUAAAAUCUAGAUAUCGUUCGAACUGUUUAUCCGCUAUCAAAAUGGGAGAUGGGAUUGAGGAAGACCCUGAGGCCAUUAAAAGCGAAGUUGUGAAAUACUUUAAGGAGAGAUAG